AGGGCCGGGCCGGGGGCUCCGGGCCGCAGGUCCCGGACGGAGGAGCCGGGAGCGCCUCAGGUGGAAGAUGGGAGUGUUCCCCUCGUGUUUUAGGUGAAACCUGCUUGCCAUGAAAUCCCGAGGGAGAUAGAGGGACUGCAGUGGGAACUCCUUCUCGCUCCUCCACAACAAAUCCAACAACUGCCUGAUGGGAUUGCCUCUCUGCCUGGCGUCAUGGGGAGCUGCUGCAGCUGUCUGUGCCCAGACAGCAUCCCAGACAACCAUCCCACCAAAUUCAAGGUGACCAACGUGGACGACGAGGGGCACGAGCUGGGCUCGGGGGUGAUGGAGCUGACGCGGCGGGAGCUGAUCCUGCACUCGCACAAGCGCGACGCCGUGCGGUGGCCGUACCUGAGCCUGCGGCGCUACGGCUUCGACUCCAACCUGUUCUCCUUCGAGAGCGGCCGCCGCUGCCACACCGGCCAGGGGAUUUUUGCCUUCAAGUGCUCCAGAGCAGAGGAGAUCUUCAACCUGCUGCAGGACCUGAUGCAGUGCAACAGCAUCAACGUGGUGGAGGAGCCCGUGGUGGUCACCAGGAACAGCCACCCCUCGGAGGGGGAGCUGCCCCACAGCCCCCAGGGCCCCACCAGUCUGGGCUACACUGGACUUCCCAAUGGAUUUCACAGCUUCCCUGGAGAAUCCCUGUCCUGCUCUGCAGCCCAGCAGCCCUCAGUGAGCAGCCUGAGACAUCCCUCUGUGGGGGAAGACUCUACCCACCCCCUCCUGGGGCCUGAGGAGCAGUCCCACACCUACGUCAACACCGGGGAGCCGGAGCCGAGGGGCCGGCACUGUUUGCACUCCCUGCCUGAAGCCCACCCUCCUUUCCCCCCUAGGAACCACAGCUGCUCCCUGGAAGACCGAAACCCCCAGGUCUUCCUGCAGCCAGGGGAGGUGAAAUUCGUGCUGGCUCCCACCUCCAGCUACCGCCGGCUGUGCCGGCAGCCCCGGCAAUGCCGGCCUCACCUGUGCGCCCCCAACAACAACAACAACGAGUGCCAGCAGGGCUGUCCAUCCCCACAGUGUGUCUAUGAGAACCUCAACGGGCUGGUGGCCCCCAGCAGCUCGUCCCUGUGCCGGGCUGGUCGCUCCAAGGCGUCCCGGGAGGACGGGAGCUGCUCCCAGCGCCGCUCGGCGCUGCUGCACUACGAGAACCUGCCGGCGCUGCCGCCGGUCUGGGAGCUGCAGCCAGCCCAGCACAGGGAUGAGGACGCUGGCAUGGCACCCACACCGUCCCCAAAUGGCUUCUCUGAGGCUGGAGAGGAGGAGCCCCUGCAGAAUCCCGCGGGCUCGGAGCCGCGCCGCGCUUUCCUGCCCAGGCCCCGGCGCAGCCGCCUGCCCAACGUCUUCAGCUUCGACUUCCCCCGGCCCUGCCCGGAGCCUCCACGGCAGCUCAACUACAUCCAGGUGGAGCUGGAGCCCGAGGCCUGCAAGGGACAGCAGGAGCCCAGGGUGGCAGCCCCUGGCAGCCCCGGUGCCCGCCGCACCGACUCCUACGCCGUCAUCGACCUCAAGAAGACGGCGGCCAUGUCCAGCCUGCAGCGGGCCCUGCCCAGGGACGAUGGCACCUCGAGGAAAACUCGGCACAACAGCACUGACCUGCCCCUCUGAGGGCCCCAAGUGCCAGCCCCGUGUCGUGGCUUUGGUCCCUGCCCCUCGUUGUGUCCUGUCGCCCUCUGAGUGUGGCUCCCUCUCUCGCCAUUGCCAUCCCGGGGCCCAGCGUGGCUCCUGCAGCUGCUGCUGCUGUUGAGGCUCUGUCUGUCUGUCUGUCUGUCCUCCCCUCUCUGUGUGUUGCUCGUUUUUCAAGCCUUGUGGGAUGUUUGGUGGUUUUUCAAGCCUUGUGGGACGUUUGGUGGUUUUUCCAGCCUUGUGGGAUGUUUGGUGACUCUGAGGGUGGAAUUCUGGUGGCGCAGCCUGGGCUGGGGCAGGGCAGAGCCAGCUGGGCAGUGCCUCGGGGCAGUGCUCCCAAAACUGAGCUGCCUCAGGAGCUCUGUGCAGACGGAGCCCUUUCCCCGUGGAUUUCACACCUCCAGGAGAGCUCUGUGGUGAGGCCACUCCAGAGCUGGGGUUUGCCUUGUGCUCCCAGUGGUGCCUGGAGAUGAGGAGCUCACGCCGUGGCCUUUCCCCCCUCAGCUCACUGUUUGUUCCUGAAGCUUUUUAUCCUUCUGUCCCCGUCUCAGAUCCAGUUUCAAUUGGGCAGCUGCAAUGAAACCAGGAGGACACAGAGCCAUGGGCACACACUGUGAUCACAGAAACCCGAUUGCCUGAAUCCUUAAAUUCCCUCCCCUGCUUUAGAAGAGGAGGGAAAGGCCACAACCAUGAGGGAGAUUGGAGGUUUGGUCUAGAAAACUUCACUUGUGCCAUACCUUGCUUUGUUUUUGUUUUUUUUUACCAGGGUUCUAUUUGGCAGCUGCUGAGAAGUGCUGUGGGUUUAUUUAUUUGUUUACUUAUUUAUUUAUGAACUGCUCCUUUGCAUCCCAGUCUGCAGCCUGCGCUCACCAGGGCUCGCUCCUGCCUGGGAGGACAGGUCCCAAAAGAGCUUGGUGGCUUUGCUGAGCCACCAACCGGGGAAAAACGCUGUGGAGAGGAGCAGCUGGGAAUGAAG